AUGGCUAAGCAUAUGUCCAAGAAGAAGAAGACGAAGUCACGAAAGCUGGUCAUUCAAGAAGAAUCUUCUGGAGACAAAGUUAUUCUUGAAACACCUGAAGCAACUCUUACAAAAGAAAUUUCAUCUCCUGAGAAGACAACUGUCAUACCACCCGAAGUUUCGUUAGCCAAGUCAUUUCAUUACAAGGUACUCCUGUUAUCCUUCCCAUUGAAAAUGUCACCAGUACCAAUGUUUCAUUACCACCAUAUAUCAUUCUCAAUCCAUCUAUCACUUCUUCACGCACUUUCACUCAAUUCCUUAAUCAACCAUUCACUACACUAUUUUCUUCCCAAUCCACUGAUCCACCUAAAUCGGAUGAGCCACCCACGCCUGUUGAAGAAUCUGAAAAUGAAGAUACAUGAUGUGGUGGUACUUUCGCAGAUCUUGAAUUUGACGAGUUCAAGUUUUGAAAUUGAAGGGUUGUUGAAGAUAUUCGAAGCCAGGAUGGUUAGUAAAGUUUCUGGAAUGAUUAAAGAUUCGGAAUCGCGAUUGUUGGAAAAGGUGGACCAUUCUGAUCAGAAUAAUGAGUUACGUGUGAACUCUCAGAAUUCGAAGUUUGUGGGGGCAGUGAAAGAAUUAAAACAAGUUGCAAAAGAGAGACAUACUCUGUUUAGUCUUGAUGUGAAGAAGGUUACAGAAGAUGUGAAUUUUAAGCUUCAAUAG